GCAAGGCCUCCAGGAAGCGGUCCCAGGGCCGGGCAACACUGUUCCCGGCGGUGGCGGGCCUCUGUCCGCGUCCCGUGGUACUACACGGCAAUAUUUCCCUCAAAAGGCUAGGCCGUCCCAGCUCCAGGAAGGCGUCACGUCCGGUCUGUCGGCGGGGGCGGGACGGACGGGGCCGGAAGUGCUGCCUCCCCGACUUGUGUCCCCAGGCUGUGAUUUUCGGUGGAAGCCGACAGUUUUGCAGCCUAAACGACCUAAGUCUAGAAGAUGUGCGCUUGGGCUGUGGGAUAAACGAGUGUCUGGAAUUCUCCGUCAUACUGGGCAGCGGCAGGAAGUCUCCCCGUAGUGUCGAGGGAGAGCCUUGGCCUUAAUUUCCUCCUUAUCUCUCUUUUGGCACCCGAGGUCCCCCAGAAAGUGCUGAGGAGCUGGGGACUGGAGCCCAGUUUCCGCGCUUCGUGCACACGCACUGAGGGAGCAGCCCUCAGCUUUUCUGGGAGGCAUUUGGUGAAAGUGCGCUCUUACAGAUGCUUUGGAUGUUUUACUGUCCUUGAACCCGGACCAGCCUCCUGACCUUCACCUCUGCCCAAUGGGGAAAAUGACGUCGUCCAUUUUGGAUGUGCGUGGCCUUGGCCUGCUGCAGCCGCUGGGCACCACUCACAGCUGUGGGUGGUGUGACUAGGGCUUGUUCCCUCAGAGCCGGGCGGGGGGUGUUCUUGGCCAAGAUUGGGUCUGGCCAGCGAUGUGGGUAAAAGGGCAGUCUGUUUGCAGCCUGAGAAACGUGCUCAGGGCCCUGUUGGUCAUUGUCACUGUGAGAUCUGCAUUCCCAGCUCCCCAGCCCAAUCCCACGAGUCAGUGACCUGAAGCAGGCCAAAGGUCAGUGGGCCCAGAGAGCUGGUGGGACAGCCAGCAGCCUUUUGGCAGCAAAAGUGGUUUAAAAAAAAAAAGGCCAGGGAGGAGACAGAGAAGGGGUGGGGUAUGCGCCCAUGGGGAGGGGUUGUUCUGCCAUAAAUGAUUAACUCUCUGCUUGAGAGGAUGACCCAGGUCGGCCCAGCUGAGAGGAACUUUGAACUUGGGGCAGUGUUUAGUGGGGUGCUGUGUGGUCUGCAGAAGAGGCUCUGGCUGAGGGGCAGUAGCUGUGGGCUUCUGGAAGUCUCCUUAGGUUACUGGAUGGCUCCUUCUUACAGCGGGAUCUCCAGGGUCCACGGGAGACCUCCCAUCUGCAGCCUUGCGACAGACUCCUCACUGGUGCUCUCUUCCCUCUAGGCUGCAAUGGGUGUCAGGUGGUGCUGAGAGCAGUGGGGCAUGGCCACGGGCCUGCAGGUCCUGCCCCGCUUGGUUCGAGCCCCCUGGCGUGCACUCUUGUGGGGGCGACUCGUGGCCCGGCGAGCCAGCGGCAUGGCCUUGGCAGGGCAGGCGCAGCACGUUUUUGAGAGUGCAGUGGGCGCGGUGCUGCCUGGCCCCAUGUUGCGUCGGGUUCUAUCCUUGGACCCUGACGGCAGACAGCUAAAGGUGCGGGACCGGAGCUUUCAGCUGCACCAGAACCUCUACCUAGUGGGCUUUGGCAAGGCUGUGCUGGGCAUGGCGGCUGCCGCUGAAGAGCUCCUGGGCCAGCAUAUCGUACAGGGCGUGAUCAGCGUUCCCAAGGGGAUCCGCACUGCCAUGGAGCAGGCAGGCAGACAGGAGAUGUUGCUGAAGCCUCACAGCCGCAUCCAGGUAUUCGAAGGCGCGGAGCACAACCUCCCGGACCGUGACGCACUGCGGGCUGCCCUGGCCAUCCGGCAGCUGGCCGAGGGGCUCACAGCCGACCAUCUGCUGCUGGUGCUCAUCUCAGGUGGGGGCUCGGCCCUGUUGCCAGCCCCCAUCCCACCUGUCACCCUGGAUGAGAAGCAGAUGCUCACCAAACUGCUGGCAGCCCGUGGAGCAACCAUCCAGGAACUAAACACCAUCCGGAAGGCCCUGUCACACCUCAAGGGUGGGGGGCUGGCUCGGGCUGCCUACCCUGCUCAGGUGAUAAGCCUGAUCCUGUCAGACGUGGUGGGUGACCCAAUGGAAGUGAUCGCCAGCGGCCCCACAGUGGCCAGCACUCACAGUGUACAAGAUUGCCUGCACAUCCUCAACCACUAUGGCCUCCGGGCUGCCCUGCCACGCUCUGUGAAGACUGUACUUGCCCAGGCUGACUCUGACCCCCAUGGGCCACAUGCCUGUGGUCACGUCCUCAAUAUGAUCAUUGGCUCCAAUGUGCUCGCGUUGGCAGAGGCGCAGCGGCAGGCUGAGGCCCUAGGCUCCCAGGCCGUGGUGCUGAGUGCAGCCAUACAGGGUGAUGUGAAAAGCAUAGCCCAGUUCUAUGUACUGCUGGCCCGGGUAGCUGGUGCUCGCCUUGUCCCUUCCACAGCUGGGUGUUCAAUGGAGGAGGAUGUGAAACUCCACGAACUGGCGGCUGAACUCCAGCUCUCAGACCUGUAUAUGGAGGAGGCCCUGGAGGCUCUGGCCGGAGCUAAGGGUCCCGUCUGCCUGCUGGCAGGUGGCGAGCCCACAGUGCAGCUACAGGGCUCAGGCAAGGGGGGUCGGAACCAGGAGCUGGCCCUGCGCGUUGGAGCAGAACUGGGAAGAUGGCCUCUGGGGUCCCUGGAUGUGCUGUUUCUGAGUGGUGGCACUGACGGGCAGGAUGGGCCCACUGAGGCUGCUGGGGCCUGGGUCACAGCAGACCUUGCCAGGGAGGCUGCUGCUGAGGGCCUAGACGUGGCCACCUUCCUAGACCACAAUGACUCCCACAGCUUCUUUUGUCGCUUUCGGGGUGGGACGCACCUGCUACACACAGGGAUGACAGGUACCAACGUCAUGGACAUUCAUCUGCUGUUCUUGUGGCCUCACUGAUGGCACAGGUCACAUAUUCAUUAGGAAUCAGGAGGCCUGGACGGCAGUGGCAGGCCAGAGCUGGUCCCCAGGCCUCACUGUACCUCAUAGCCUGUCUGUCAUCUUGGUGCUAGCUGCUUGGCUGGGAUUCAGACCAGCCAUCCAGGGUCUCUGCUCCAUAUCCAUUACCUAACCCUCCCCCCUAUCCAGCCUGGACGAUGGGGGCCCCUAUCCCUACUUCCCUGCCAUGGCCCCAAGAACCCCCAAAGACCAAGACAUACAUUUAGAUCUCUGUCCCUGGGCUCACCCUGGGCAGUCCCCCUGCCAAGCCCCUCUGUUUGUGUUCUUUUUUUUUUUUCUGGUGAAGUGAAACAGGAGAGACUGAAAAUAAAGACUGCACUGC